CAUUGACAUCUUGAUGUCAGAUUGACGUCUGCAUGUAAUAAUUUCUUUUUUUCUCGCCAUGUAUGAAUUUUAAUAGUUAAUUUUUAUUACUUACAGGAAUAUUUUAAUUUAGAAUUAUUUAGCCGUAGCCAAAAGAAGAUUUAUGAUAGUAUUCCAAGAUAGUAAUCUCAAGUACAAGAAUUUUAUUACACUAAAAUUAUUAUCAACCCAACAUUAGGCAUGAGUAAUUUGCCGAGAGUUCUAAGAUAGUUCUUUGGAUUACGAACUCUUUUUGCAACAUCAACCAUGGAACAGAGUAUAGACAUUGUGGAUCUUGUUUCUAAAUUAUUGGAUUCGGGAAAAUAUAAAGAGGCUAUAAGUCUGCCUACUGAACAACAAUAUGAAGAAAAUUUUAAAGAUAACUGUUGGGAUUUGAUAGCAAUUGUCAUAGGCAAGAUACAUGAUGACACUAUUGUUAUUAAGCCAUCUCUACAUGGCACCUGUGAAGAGUUGUUAUCUAUUAUUGUACAGAAGGUCUUACCUGAAGAAGGUCUAUUGGAAUUUAUUGAACAAAUUGAAUUGGCCAAAAAUGAUGCUCAGUUUGGUAUCAUAUUGACGCCAUUACAAAACCUUUUACAUAGAAUCACUACAAAAAAGGGAAGAUGCUUAGAAUGGUGUUUAAAUUCUAUAAGCACUUAUAUUGAAAAUAUUCCAACUCCUGAAUACCAACUAGAAGGUAAAGAGCGCCUCCUUAUGGAUUCUGAGCCCAAUGUCAGGAGAAUUAUUAAGGUUUAUACAAUGUUACCAUCAUUUUAUAAUCCAUUCAUUAUAGAGGUAUUAAAACAGCCUGAUGUAAGAACAAACCAAAUAAUCAAUGCUUUUCUUAUAAGUCUUCUGGGUAAACCUUUGCUUUUUAUUGAUAUGGAUCCUGAAUCAAGUGCUAAAAGUGAAGCUUGGAAAUGCUGCAGUACAAUUAUACAAGAUAUUUGUACUCUAGAAAAUGAUGUUUUGAAAUUUCUAACCUACUUGGAAAUCUGUUACAAGGAGCAUCAGAAGUCCAAGUCAAAAACUGAUGAUAGUGACGAAGAAAAGUCUCCCUAUGACCAUAGAGAAAAAUUAAAUAUUACUAGCCUCUCAGGGUUAUAUUAUGCUUCACUAUCAGGACAUUUUAAAAUGCCUGAAAAUUCAUUACCAUAUGUUUACAGCACUGAAUAUGUUGUUAAUACUGUAUUAUUGUCAGUUGUUCAUUUAUUGAGCUUUACUGAAUAUGGUCCUCUUGCUAAAGGAAUCACCCUAUGUGAAGCAGUCUUGAACCGACUUACUAGAAAUGUAUCACACAUAUUGUUGUCUUCAUCUAUCCAUUUUGAUUUAUGUAAAAGUUUGUCUAAUGUUGCUAUUUAUUCAACUUAUGAAAGCAUCCGUAAGAAUGCUGUAAACAUAAUAGGGGCUCAUAUAAAUAAGUUUGAAUAUAAGGGAAGAUAUAUGUUAAUUAAAUAUUUAAUAGGAGUUACAAACCACUCUGGUAUGAUUGGGUAUGCCAUAACAAUAUUUAAGAAUUCUAUUGAUGAUGCAUUCAAAGAGCCAGUCCUGCAUGAAUGUUUUACUGGUACCCAACUUUCGAGUAUGAUUAAAAAGAUAUGUUACUUGCCAUAUGGUGAAGAAUCUGAUAUAGUUGAAUUGGCAGACCAAAUUAUAUCUACACUUAAUCUUUUGAGAUAUUUGGCUUUAAAAGAUACUGGAAAUAUAACAGGAAUUCAAGAUUUCUUCCCUACAAUAGAAACAGACUACAUAAAUAAAUUAAGAAUUGGGCUAAAUAUGUCUAAAGCUCACUAUGAGGUAAAAUUGAAAGAUAUAGAAGAAGGAAAGACGCUUCCAGAGGAAGCUAUGAAUGUAUCAAUAAAUGUAGGGGGAAAUAUGUUACAACAAAUUCCAACAGAAAACAAGAAAGAAAUAAUACAUUCGGCACUUAAUGCUUUCCAUCUUAUUGAAGGUCUUGUGGCUCGAUUGUCUGAAUGUAUUAAUAUCAAUAAGAUGCAAACUUAAUAUGGAUUACAAUUUGUACAUUUUUAAUAAAUUUUUAAUCUUA